UUGUAGUAACUGCUUAAAGCUGGAGCAGGCUGCACAACCUGUGAGGUCUCUUUGAAAGUGAGAGAGGUUGCAUGGGAAGAAGAUCCUUGAGAGCCAAGUUAGAAGGUAUGGGAGACAGCAAGUCUUGUUCCUCAGAAAAUAACUGAAGUAGUGUGUGAUUCUGAAAAACGCAGUUUGGUAGCGGCAACCAGAAUAUAAAGUUUGCCAUCAAGAAACAAAAACAGGACCUCAUGAUACCUCUCUCACAACUUAGCAGCUGUGAAAGAAAAAUGACGAAGUUCUAGAAGACAAUACUUCAGAGAACAGAGUUGUUAAGGAAAGGCAAGAAAUGUUGAAGAACAGUAAGCAUCAUCUGUAUGUUACACAUCCUGUGAUCCAGAGAAGCAAAAAAGUACACAGAGUAGGUUCAAGCACCUUCUUGAUUGGAAGGACACCCAAAGGAAUACGCAGGAGACAAUUUGAGGAAAUGGUAUCUCACUUUAAUAUGGGAUCAGUGAAAGACCUUGCAGAACACAUUGUAAAAGCUACAGCAGAAACCAGGCAGAAAAUGUUGAAGGAAUUCUAUGUUUCCAAGCAUCCAGAGAUGGAGUCUUUCUUCUCACUUGAAAUACCAGCAGAAGCUUCACAUAACUAUGAGGAAAGUAAACUGGGUACUAUACACUCCAGAAAAAGAAAAUUCACUGUUAAUUUUGGAAGAUCUGAGUCUAGACCUUCAUCAGCUAAAGGACUACUUCUGAGUGGAACUACAGAAACACAGACCUGGGAGGGCCAUAAAGGAGAAGCAGAACAGCUUCACAAGGACUCCUACUUGCAAGACAUGUUUGUUGAUGCAAAAUAUAAACAAUCGCCCACUAUUGCUGCUCAGCAUAUCCAAAGAAGAAACAGUCAGGCAUUCAAGGAUUUUUUGGCAUCUGACUCAUUAAGCAGUAAAUCAGAAAUAACUGAGGUGCUGCCUGUAAAGAGUUGUGGAGGACAGCAAGAAUCAGAAGAAACACAGCUGCCAAAGGAAAGAUCUGUGUCUCGGUCAGAAAAUGGAGAGAGAAAAGCUCAGAUUUGCAAGAAAAAUUCUUUUGUGGACUUACUUGGAGAUACCUCUAUUCUCGAUGAAAUCUUCAGAAAUGAUGGAAAUGGGUCUACAGGAUCACCAAGAACAUUCUCUUCAGGACAAGCACUAAAAUCAAAGGGGAGACCAAAAGAUUUCUGGGAUAUGCUGAAUGAACAGAAUGAGGACAGCCUCAGAAAGCUAACAGAUAUAGCAGUCAUAGAGAAGCUUUGUGAAAGAGCCCCUCAUUCUGUAAUGACAGAAGAGAGAGAAGUGUGUGGAAGUUCUCUUUGGAAAAGAAAUGAAACUUUUUUGUGGAAAAAAUACAGUGCAGAUGAUUGAGAUGAGCCAUCCACUGCUAAAUCUUGUAGUGUUGUAAAAUGAAAGUUUUCUAAAUAAGUUGCACUAUAACUAUUUUAUUUGAACUUUGACUGCAUUAUGCCACAAAAUACAGUAAUUCCAUGAAAUUAAAAGUAAAAUGAUGAAUUCAUAUUUAUAGUAAUACAGAAUUACAUUUUACAAAUAAUUAUUUACAAGUUUAUGCAAUUACAUAUGCCAUGUAUAGUACGUAUGUGCAUAGUCAUGCAUAGGUACUGUAUGUUAUAACCUAUGAUAUAUAAUGAUUUUAUAUUAAAAUUUUUUAGAAUUUUCUGAGUGUA